AUGAAAGGACGAUUCAUCGCUAUUGGUGGUUUGGCCAGCACAGUGGCCGCGAGUGUGGUGUCCAGCGUGGAUUUACAGCAUGCUAUUUUCCCCAGCAGCAGUGACAGUCUGUUGCACCAGCUGUAUGGUGAUUUGCUAAGACCUCACGAUGGCCAGGGCCACACAGAGGAGGUUGGAUCUUGGCUGCAGAACGGCAGAGUGAUGGAAUUUGGAUUGGACCCUGACGAGGACCUCGAGUUUCAAGCCCAGUGCGGGUUUUACCAAAAACACCCGGUGGAGUUCCCAGAUGAUGACUGGAGCGGAGACUUGCCAUUGUUCUCGGGAAUUGUCAGUUUUGCGCACGUACCCGUUGCCCAAUGUUUUGAGCAUCGCCACACGGAGCAGGCCGCGAAGUACGACAUUGCCAUUGUUGGUGCACCCUACGAUGGCUCGGUAUCGUACCGUCCAGGUGCGAGAUUUGGACCCAACAACCUCAGACAAGGCUCGCGGAGACUGGGCAAAGGAUUUUUGCCCGUGCGAGGCUUUCCAGGCUCGAAGUUACGGACCUUGGAUCCUUACAAUGCGGGCUACAAGAUCGUUGACUGUGGGGAUGUCCCCAUGAGUCCCUACGACAAUAGAAUAGCUUUGAAUCAGCUGUACAGGGGCCAACGGGCCAUUUACAACGCGACUACGGUGAAAGAUGGACUCAUGGUGCCUAAGGUAGUGACAUUGGGGGGCGACCAUACAACCACGCUAAUGGCUCUCAGGGCCGCCCACGCUCACCAUGGACCGGUUGCGGUUAUUCAUUUCGACUCCCAUAUCGACACUUGGGAUCCUAAAGUUUUGGGUGGAGGUAUCACUAAGACUCAAAGCAUAAACCAUGGCACAUUUUUGCACUUUGCCCAUGAAUAUGGGUAUAUAGCCGACAACAAGUCCAUGCAUGUGGGUAUUAGAGCACCGUUCAUUGAGAAAAGCGACGAAACGCACGACUACGACUGUGGAUUCGAGAAGAUAGUAGCCCGAGAUUUUGACAUAUACGGGUUUCGAGAAAUUGUGGACAGAAUCAAGAAACGUGUUGGGGACUUGCCUGUAUAUAUUUCUGUUGACAUCGACGUAUUGGACAUUGCAGCAGCACCCGGCACAGGCACUCCCGAGCCAGGCGGAUUAACUUCGAGAGAACUACUCACGGUUUUAGAUGGCCUAGAAGGCUUGAAUGUUAUCGGUGCUGACGUGGUCGAAGUAUCCCCUCCUUUCGAUUCUAACGGCGAAAUUACAUCGAUCGUAGCAGCUCAGGUAGUUGAUUCUUUCCUAGGUUUAAUGACCGUGGCUUAA